CUCACUUUCUCCGAAGUUUUUGCGAAGGGUUUUUCCCAAUUUCUAGCAACCGGGAAUUUGUGUUUAUUUCAGAUUAGAUUACAACUUUGAAUUUAGAUAUAUAUUUUUAUUAGGGUUUCGAAAUUUGAGCCGAUAUAAUGACUGUGAAAGGAGUAAUAUUUUCGUCGGAUAAUGUAGUGAAGAAAUCACCGAAUGAUAAGAAAUUAUAUAGAUUUCUUCAAUUGGAAAAUGGUCUUUGUGCGUUGGUUGUUCAUGAUCCUGAGAUUUACCCUCCAUCUGAAAAUCUUAUAACCGAUGGAGAAUGUACUGAGGAAGAUGAAGAAGAGGACGAUGAUGAUGGUGAUGACCUAGAUGAAGAUUAUGAUGACGAAGAAGAAGAAGAAGAUGACGAUGAAGAUGAUGAGGACAACGAUGAUGACGAAGAUGAUGGUGGGAGUAAGAAAAGCAAAGGAAAGAAAGCUUCUUCUCAAACUAAAAAGGCUGCAGCAGCUGUUUGUGUUGGGAUGGGGAGCUUUGCUGAUCCUUAUGAAGCACAGGGUCUUGCUCAUUUUUUAGAGCAUAUGCUAUUCAUGGGUAGUGCUGAAUUUCCAGAUGAAAAUGAGUAUGAUAGUUUCUUGUCCAAGAAUGGGGGUGCAUCAAAUGCAUACACAGAAGCAGAACAUACUUGUUACCAUUUUGAUGUCAAACGAGAGUUUCUUAGAGAUGCCUUGAGAAGAUUUUCUCAAUUCUUCAUCUCCCCGUUGGUGAAGGCUGAAGCCAUGGAGCGAGAGGUAUUGGCAGUGGAUUCAGAAUUUAACCAAGCUUUGCAAAAUGAUUCUUGCCGUCUUCAACAACUCCAGUGCCAUACUUCAGUGACAGGUCAUCCUUUUAAUAGAUUCUUCUGGGGAAACAAAAAAAGCUUAUUUGAUGCCAUGGAAAAAGAGGUUGAUUUGCGACAAAGAAUUAUGAAGAUGUAUGAAGAUAACUAUCAUGGGGGAGUUAUGAAGUUAGUCGUCAUCGGUGGAGAAUCGCUUGAUAUACUGGAGAGUUGGGUCCUGGAAUUAUUUAGUGAUGUCAAGAAAGGUGUUUCCUCAAGGCUGGAGAUAAAGCAUGAAGGUCCUAUCUGGAAUUCCGGUAAACUAUAUAGGUUGGAGGCUGUUAAGGAUGUUCAUAUCCUUGAGAUAUUAUGGAAAUUACCAUGUCUCCGCAAAGAUUAUGUGAAGAAAUCUGAAGAUUACUUGUCUCAUCUAAUAGGGCAUGAGGGUCGUGGAAGCUUGCAUUUCUUUUUGAAAAGUAAAGGAUGGAUAACAUCUAUCUCUGCUGGUGUUGGAGAUGAGGGAUUGGAACGAUCUUCUUUAGCCUAUAUUUUUGGCAUGUCUAUACAUCUUACUGACUCUGGAUUGGAAAAGAUUUUUGAGAUCAUUGGAUUUGUUUAUCAAUACCUCAAACUUCUUCGUCAAACACCUCCUCAAGAGUGGAUUUUUAAGGAACUUCAGGAUAUCGGAAAUAUGGAAUUCAGAUUUGCUGAGGAACAACCUCAAGAUGAGUAUGCUGCUGAACUUGCAGCAAAUUUGCUUGUAUAUCCUCCAGAGCAUGUUAUUUAUGGUGAAUAUGCGUAUGAAGAUUGGGAUGUUGAGAAGAUAAAGUUCGUUCUUAAUUUUCUCGUUCCAGGAAAUAUGAGGGUUGACAUAUUGUCAAAGGCCUUUGAUAAAUCUGGAGAUGUCCUGUGUGAGCCAUGGUUUGGAGCAAGGUACACCGAGGAAGAUAUUGCUCCAUCCAUGUUGGACUUCUGGGAGGACCCUCCAACAGUAGAUGCAUCGUUGCAUUUGCCUUCAAGGAAUGAGUUUAUUCCAGUUAAUUUUCCUGUUCAUGGUGAUAAUUUGUCCGAUGACACUGCUGGUGGAUGUUAUCCAAGAUGUAUACUUGAUACAUCAUUGAUCAAGCUUUGGUUCAAGCUCGAUAAGACCUUUAAACAUCCUCGUGCCAAUACAUAUUUCCGUAUAAAUUUGAAGGGGGCCUAUGCAAGUUUGCGCAAUAGUCUCUUGACUGAAUUGUUCGUUCUUCUCCUUAAAGAUGAGCUUAAUGAGAUUGUAUACCAGGCCAGCAUAGCCAAGUUAGAAACUUCAAUAUCUAUUCCCGGUGACAAACUUGAGCUUAAGGUUUAUGGUUUCAGUGAAAAGCUUCCGCUUUUACUUUAUAAAAUAUUGGAGGUUGCAAAAUCUUUUUCACCGAAAGAAGAUCGAUUUAAGGUUAUUAAAGAGGGCUUUCAGAGGAAUUUGAAGAACUCUAACAUUAAGCCAUUAAGUCAUGCAUCAUACUUGAGAUUGCAAAUUCUUUGCAAAAGCUUUUGGGAUGUGGAUGAGAAGCUACAAUGCUUAACUGAUUUGUCCCUUUCUGAUUUGCAAUCUUUCAUUCCAAAUCUUCUUUCCCAGGUAUACAUUGAGGGCCUCUGCCAUGGAAAUUUGCUAGAAGAAGAAGCCGUCAAUAUAUCUAACAUAUUUAAAAGUUGCUUCUCUGUACCACCAAUUCCUAAAGAGAUGAGGCAUAAAGAGAAAGUUCUAUGUCUGCCUUCUGGAGCAAACUUUGUUAGAGACGUUCGUGUAAAAAAUAAGCUGGAACCAAACUCUGUGGUUGAGUUGUAUUAUCAAAUUGAGCAGGAAAGUGUUGCGGAUGUGUUUAGCCUGAAAGGUUUUGCUGAUCUGUUUGAUGAGAUUGGGCAAGAGCCUUUUUUCAAUCAGCUAAGGACAAAGGAGCAGCUUGGUUAUGUUGUACAGUGUGGCUCACGGAUGACAUAUCGUAUCUUUGGUUUUUGCUUUUCUGUUCAAUCUUCCAAGUAUAAUCCUGUGUACUUGCAAGACAGGAUUGACUACUUCAUUGAUGGUCUCAAGGAGUUUCUGGAAGGAUUAGAUGAUGAAUCCUUUGAGAGUUUUAAAAGUGGGUUGGUUGCGAAAUUGCUUGAGAAAGAUCCAACAUUGUCAUACGAGACUGAUCGAUAUUGGAAUCAAAUUGUGGAUAAGAGGUAUAUGUUCGAUUUUUCAGAAAAAGUGGCACAAUUUGUGAGGGAUAUAAAGAAGAGUGAGAUGAUAGACUGGUACAGUAAAUAUUUCCGGAGAGAAUCCCCAAAAUGUCGGAGGCUUGCAAUCCGAGUGUGGGGUUGCGAAACUGAUUUGAAAGAGGCUGAAAAACUGCAAGGGUCUAUGGAAGUCAUAAAUGACUACAAGGCAUUUAAGUCAUCUUCUGAGUUCUAUGCAAGUAUGUGCUGAACAGAUUGGCUCGGUAUGAUCAUUUCUUGGUUAGCUUUUCAUCAUUACCUUAUAGCGUGUGUUGAUAAGUGGAAGCUUCAUUGAUCGGCUCCAUCGCUGACUGCUGUACAUAGCAAAAAUCCAUCAAGAUUUGAGACGUCGAGCUUUAAGGGACGCUAAGUUCCUAACCUUCCGGAAACUAGUGAUUCCUUUCCUGUGGUCUGUGGACCGUUCAUGAGGAAUUUUUUAUUUUUUUUUAUGGAAGCUGUUAGGAAAAUUUUGAUUGAUAUCAUAAUGCUUAAGAUUUUUAUAUUUGAGGCAUCCAUGGCAGUGCGCUAAAAUAUUUCUAUAGUUUUUGGUAUGAUCAUAUAUUGUUAAAUUAUGCACUUUGAAAUGGCACUUCGUUUCAAAUAUCUAAGAAGUAUUUUGGUAUGAUCAUAUACUUACUCACCUUGUUGAUUUGAUUUGAUUUGUUAUUUGAAUUUGAUUUUGGAAUCGAUGCUCGAUGUUGGUUUUUAUUGACUCGUGUGUUUCUCCUGUAUUGUUUCCAUAUUAGACCCUUGGUGGCUGGUGUUAUUCUUGGGGAUUAUAGAUGGCCAUGGGCUGGAUAUUCGUAUUCAAACCGCGAAACGAUUCUGAAAAAAUUCGAACCGGCUCGAAUUGGGCUUGAACCAGCUCGAUCUGGUAAGGUUGGCCAGUUCGGGUUGAUUCUAAAAAAAUAUAUUUGAACCGGACCUAAACCAUAGAAUCGAUUUGAUCCGAAUUGGUGAACCGUUGAACUGGUUCAAAAAAGCUCGAACCUAACCAGUGAAUUGAAUCGAUUCGAACAAGAAUCGAACAAUUGAACCU